AUGUCGCACAAGCAGACCUAUGAUGUGGACGAUGUCGACUUCGGCGAGCUCUGGGACAAGAUGAAGAGAGUGGCAUUCAAGUUCUGGUCGAGGACUACGAGGCGCGUCCGCUUCGUAUUUGCCCUCUUUUCCUUCCUUGUCAUCACCAUUAUAAUCUCGAGAGAUUUCAUGCGGAAUGCCGCUCUCGACGACUACAUCACGGUGCCAAAGGUCUCGCUCCAGUACGCCUCAGAGCAGCGGACACCCUUCAACGAGUCCAAAGUCGCCCUUCUCAUCGAGAAUCGCGCCAACCCCAUCCUGGCACCCCUCAUGCUGCACUUCAUAUCCGUCGUGCCCCCUGACUGGCGCUUCCGCUUCAUGGGCUCUAUUGAGUCCGUCGAGCACCUGAACAAGUCCAUCGCCGUGCGCGAGCAGGUCAACCUGGGCAAGCUCGAUCUGACCUACAUCCCCUCCAACAUGUCCGUGUCGUCCCAGGAGGAGAUCUCCCGCUUCCUCACCACCGAGUGGCUGUACGAGACGGUACUGGCCCCGGCCGAGUGGUUGCUCAUCUUCCAGACCGACUCCAUCCUGUGCGCCAACUCCCAGCUCAACCUGAACGAUUUCCUCGACUACGACUGGAUCGGCGCACCCUGGAACCCGGGCUCCAGGUUCGGCGGCAACGGCGGCCUUUCUAUCCGUCGCGUGAGCGCCAUCCUCGACGUGCUGAGGUCCCAGGCCCGCGCCGACUUCUCCGAGGCCGAGGACGUCUGGCUGACGGAGCGCCUGGGCCACCGCCCCAACGCCCGCAUGGCCAACUCGACCAUCUCGCUCACCUUCAGCGGCGAGAUGCACACCGGCAAGCCGACCCACCUGUCCUCCGACAAGGAGACAGCCCAAUACAACUCGACCCUCGACGCCGCCGAGGCCGGCGAGCUGGUCAAGGGCAUCGACGACUGGCGCGAGGGCUUCUACGAGCCCAUGGGCUACCACACGGGCGGCGGCGGCUCAUACCUGCACAGCCAGAUCUGGGGCAGCCCGCGGCUCCGCAAGCACAUAUGGGACUACUGCCCCGAGGUCAAGAUGACCAUCGCCAUGGACGCCGCCAAGUACGUCCCCGGCAACUGCGGCGCCUACUGGAAGAGGGACGUCCUGGGCGACGGCUACAGCAUGGACCCCGCGGGCUCCCUCAGCGCAGACCUGGGCUACGGCACCGAGAUCAUCGACGGCGAGGAGUACCCGCUCCUACCGGAUAGCCUGGCGCCUUUCUGA